GGGAGGUUUUGUUUAAUAUUGCUGAUGCACCUCAACGUGCUGAAGCUCACCACACGUUUCAUGCUCACCAAACAACGCAAAGUCCAGCUCCUGACGUCACCACGUCGAUACAUCAUUACGCAAUACAUCGGAAACAAAAUCGCGCCUUCGUUUCUGAUGGCUCAUCAGCGGUGCUGCGACAAUCCGCAGAUUUCCACAUCAUGCGGUGCAGCAAGUGCUGGAGGAGAUGAGUUAAAGAUCAGAGAGUCAGUGCAGAAACACAGUCACACCAAACGUCACCUCCGGCAGAAGAUGGCAGCGACCUUGUGCGGCAGGAUUCUUCCAAGAACUGGUUGGGUCCCUUUGGCUCAGAGUGUUCGUCAUGGCUCCAAGGCAGUCACUCGGCACAGAAAGCCCAUGCACAUUCUCAAGCAGAAGUUGAUGGCUGUUACUGAGUACAUUCCACCUAAACCUACUGCACCUCCUGGUGCUCUUGCUCCACACACCAGGAAGAUAGAUCAGGAAAGUGGCUUGGUGAAGCUGUUGAAGAAGAAGGUAGAAACUGUGUUCAGGGAGUGUAAGAUGAUUGCUGUGGUCCAGAACAACGCCACAAGUGCUGAAGACAUGCUGUUGCUGAAGCACAGACUUCAUAGAUAUGAUAUCACUAUCAAAUUUUUCCCCAACCAGGUAAUAAGAUCCUUUCUGCCCAGUAGCCAGUAUUGUAACAUGCAGCCUCUGUUCAUUGGACAGACUGCUAUGCUUGUUAGUAAAGAGCCAAAAGUCAAAGAAAUGUUACGAGUGUUGAAGAGUAGCCCUCAGAUGAUACUCCUAGGGGGAUGUAUAGAGAACACUCUAUUAUCACGUGAAGGAAUACUGAACUACUCCAGGCUGCCCUCUAUGACCACUGUCCACGGUGAGCUGGUUGGAGGCUUGACCAUGAUGACUUCACAGACUGUUUCAGUGCUGCAGAGGCACCCUGCCCACCUCUCAGCUCUCCUUCAGCAGUAUAUCAAACAGCAGCAGUCUGCAGAUGCCCCUGAGUCUGCUGUGCAGAGCUCCCCUAAGACAGAAGAGGCAGCCGUCUAAACUUGUUCAUGUCACUGUUUACCGCUGUGAUGGACAUGAGUUGGUCAUCUGUGAAGCUGAAGGAGUUUUAUGUCCCUUAGCCUGAAUUCCAGGGUUUGGGCUCUGAUAAGGACAUUGAUGCUUUGUCGACAUUGCUUAUGUCCUGUAUUUAUGGACUGAUUAGUGAAACGUUAUGUUUGAUAUUGCUGUAAUUGGCAGGCUCAGUUUAUGGCCCUAGUAAAAUUCAUCCAGCCCUCAUUCUCUCAUAUAUUUUACUGACCACAUAGACAUCAGCAAUUUAAUGUAAUGAGAAUACCAAACAUCAAAUAAAGUCAUAUCUCUUUCUA